UAUCGCAAGGGUCGCUUGUUAGAUUUUUUUUUUAAUCCUCGGUCUGGUCGGUGCUUCAUUUUCGUCGACUUUCCCAUUCAUGGACCCGAGCAAGACUAUGCUGCCUAAUCUGGUUCAAACUCCCUCCUUUCCUUCCUCUUGCUCUUCACCCCUGUCUCGCUCUCCUCCUACUUCCACCGCUUCUGCCUCCUUUGAUGCUUCCUCAUUUUGCUCUUCCUCUGGAUUGAUCGAGACCCAAUAUCCCACCAUUUCUCAAUUUAUUGAUUGUGCCGCCCCCUCCUCCUCUUCUUCUCAAUCGACGCCAUUUCAAGUCACCCCUUCUUCGUCAUCCCCCACACUGGAACCAAAGUUAGAAUGCUUGCAGGGUGUCUCUAACAAGUCACUCAAUAUUCUUUCUCCUUCCGCCGAAUCAUUUUCGUGCGCUGGAGUAGUAGUGGACAUUCCAAGGCCUCUGGAAUUGCUGUUGAGAUCUCCGAUUACUCCGUUCCUUUCGAAGACGUACGAGAUCGUUAAUGACCCAUCGCUGGAUCGCAUCGUCUCCUGGAGCCCGGCUGGUCAAAGCUUCGUGGUGUGGGAUCCGAUUGAGUUUUCGCGGAUAGUUCUACCUCGGCAUUUCAAGCACAGCAAUUUCUCGAGCUUUCUUCGUCAGCUAAAUACUUAUGGUUUCCGCAAGAUUGAUGGUGAUCGAUUGGAGUUUGCCAAUGAAGAAUUCUUACGUGGUAAAAGAACACUGCUGAGAAAUAUAAAUAGACGGAGGUCACCUCGCGUCCAGCCUAAAGUUCCAUUUUUAGGUUCUUCAAUGGGGAUGGAGCUUUUGGGAGUUGAAGAUGAACUUCAGAAACUGAGAAGCGAGAAGUAUAUGCUGAUGCAAGAGGUUUUGAAAAUGAAACAGGAACACCUUGUGACCAUUAAGGAGAUGGAUAAUCUGAAUCGUAGGUUGCAAUCAGCAGAAUUGAGACAAAAACAAAUGAUAGCUUUCUGGGUCAAGGUGCUCCGAAAUCCUGUUUUUUUGAUGCAGCUUAAACAGUCCAAAAAACUGAGAGAAAUUUCUUCUGUGAGGUCGACAAAAGCAUCUCUCGAGUACGAGCAGCCUAGUGAAGAUUGUAUGAACAAGUCGAGAACACGGCAAAUUGUCAAAUAUAGGCAAAGCUUUUGCGAGCCGGAUUCUAUUUUUGCUCUUCAAGAUUUGGAAUCUAGUUCAGAAACACAACAAACUGAUCAUCUUUUGCAAGCCAUGUCUGUUGAACGUGGUCCUGUUCUUAUGAUAAAGGAUGGAAGCUCCAAUAAGCCACUUGAAAUGACAGAACCAUCUUUUAACCAAAAUGCUUCUAUCAAGUGGAAAAAUAUAAUGAUUUCAGGGGAAGAUGCUAGUCUUGGUUCAGCUGACUUCUAUGUAUCUUCACCAGAAGAAAUGGCCAAGGCAUCUAUUUUUUCUUUAGGCAAGUGUUCUGCUCAACCGGUGCUGCAGAUUGACAAAAUUAAUAGUAAAAGUGUAGGAGAAAUUCAAGGUGAUAAGGAAUGCCAUACCGAAUACCUUGCAUCAGCUGUCAAUGUCGUAGAAGAAAUUGGUUGCAAGGAAGAAUUCUGGGAUGUAGAUUUUGAAGCUGGUCGUAGUUUUAAUUCUGAGCAUGAUGUGAGGGACAAUAUUUUCUGCAUCAAUCCUGUAGUUCCAGGUGAUGAAAUUGGACUUUCUGAGAUGUGGGAUAUUGGUUCACACUUUAAUGAUGGUUUUGAUAUUGACAAAUGGAUUGGUAGGGAAUUUCUUCUCCUGCCGGAUAUGGAUGAAGAUGUUCUGAGAGACGAUCAUACAAAAAACUCAGGAUCCUAGGUGUUCAUAUUUCUCAUAGAUCAUCUGCUUUGGGGUUAUAUCUACGUUCAUCUAAUGAGUUGAGAUACUUGAGCUGUUGUAGGUGGCCCAAGCCCGGUGGUAUAUUACCAUUGAUCCAGUUGAGGCUGAGAUCAAGCCGUUUGAGGAAGGUGAGUUUGCUAAUGGUUGAAUCUUCAUUCUUUAGAAUACUAUUGCUUUCCUGUUUCUUAACCGAAAUUAAUAUUCACAUUUUACUAUCUUGCUCAAAAUCGAUAUUAUUGUUUUCCUCUAUAUUUGACGCUCAAAUCUUGCUACCAAAAAAAGCCCCAUAAAACCUUGCUAAAAUCCUCACUCUUCUUCUCAAAAUUUUCAUAUCAUACUUACCCUUGGAAGAGAUAAAUGCAUGCCGACGGUUCUUAAGUUCUUGCAUAUGUGACAGACAAAUUUGCACCCUUGCUAAAACCUUCACUCCUCUUCUCAAACUCGGGAUUUGACAGUUUCACUGGAGGACUUUGUGGCACGAGACAUACACAGUUUGCAUGCUAAAAACAAUUUAAUCAUUUU